CAUUGACGUCGUCAAAACAAGCAUGCGCAGUAGCGUAGGCGUUUCGCAUGAUACGCACACAAGGAAGGCAGUGAUUCAAAAAACGUGUGGUCUCUGAAGUCCUCUGAACAUUUAUUAUCUUAAAGAUUCAAUUCAAGCUCUAAAAUGUCAAUCGACUGGCUCGGGUUUGGCUAUGCUGCAGCCAUAGCUUUCGGCGGAUUUAUGGGCUACAAAAGAAAAGGUAGUGUGAUGUCCUUGGUAGCUGGCUUAGUGUUCGGUGCACUUUCUGCUUAUGGCGCAUUAAAAAUAUCAAUGGAUGUACGGGACACCUCAAUCUCCUUGCUUUCCUCGGGAGUGCUCGCUCUUGUGAUGGGAAUGAGGUUUAAGAACUCUGGAAAACUAUUGCCUGCUGGUCUUAUGGCAGUACUAAGUUUGUUAAUGUUUGUGCGGAUCCUCUUCAGGAUUAUGAUGUGACACUAAAACCCAAACACUGGGGAUUGGACCAUAACAGUUUGCGUCUAUUGACAAAAAUAGACACAGGUUAUGUGACAUUCAUAACAUUCCCAAAGAUGAUUCCCUUUGAAAAUAAAUAUUUUAUAAAAUGAGCUUACAUUCCAUGACACAACUUCAAGAUCAAUAUUGUAAUGGUCCAAAUGUUACAUAGGAUGAAAUCUAAACUAACUGUGAUUCUCACUUAUGUUAUGUAUGUCUGUAUAAUAACCAACCAGAUGUAAGUUUGUACAUUUUCAAGCUUCUAGAAAGAGCGAUGACACCACAAAACAGUGUUUCAGUAAUGUCCUAAUGCUUUUUGCAGAAUACUAAACGUUUGCCUUUUAGUGUGCCCAAAAUAUUUGGGAAAAUGCCAUUCAAUUACUUUUGCUGUCACUAAUAAAGGCUGCAAUAAAGGUAAGAAAUCCA